AUGUUCACCAGAACAGCCCCCUCCGGGUGCUCCCGUCAGGCUGUGCUGCUUCAGAGCAUCAGAACCGCAAAAAGAAAACCCGCAUACCCAAGAUACAAGGCAGAAUUGACGCCAUUGGCUCAUCCAAAGAAAGACCACAGCUCGUUUUUCCAAAGACACUUGAAGUCAUGGCUAGGACCAAAAAACAUCCGUGGCGAGUACUACAGGAAUAAGUACUACUACCCACCACAGAACCACACACCUAACUACAUUGUUCCAAAUGGUCAGAGUGUGGUGACGCCUGGUAAAGAGCAGUAUGCUAGACCCAUGGACAUUAACAGAAAUGCUUCGUUACAUCCUUUCCCACAGAACCUUCACUGCAAGACAGCGUCGGUGAUCUCCGAGGACUUGAAGCAGAAGAUAUAUAGUGAGGUGGUGGAGUCCAAUGUGCUGCCUCAAGAGAUUGCACACAAGUAUGGUAUUAAACUUACGAGAGUGGAGGCCAUUGUGAAGUUACAACAGAUUGAGAAGAGUUGGAGAGAACAGGGUAAACUAGGCAAGGAGUUGAGCAAGUUUUCUGGAGUCAUGACUAAAAUGUUUCCAUUGUACGAGCCACCUAAGGAGGCCGACAAUUUGACAGAAAUUCCUACUCCUCACAAGACGUUGCACCAGCGGUUUUUGACUAUUAGUGAAAGUGAGCCGUUUGGUCCAGUGGACGCUGCCAAGAUUUUCGGGCUAGAACCGGCUCAGCAGACGUUGGACAACUUGACGGAGGUUUCGGAGGAGAGCAACAACACGGUGAAGUUGAACAAGGUUGUUGUUGGAGUGCAAAAGAAGGGCGACGACACGCAAUUCCGUUUUACUAAGGCUACAUCUGGCCAAGUGGGAUUCCGUUACGGAGCUCUGAGAAGAGACAGAAAGAAGGAUAGAGCCGUUGGUUUUGAUAAGCUCGGCCGUAUGGUCUACACUGUAUAA